AUGGUUCUAACUCUAUACACGUUUGAGCUGAGUCCCUGCGCCCGCGCAGUCCACAUGGUGAUCCACAAACUGGGCUUGGCAGAUGUACAGUAUGUGGAAAUUAAUGUGCUGAAAAAGGAGCAGUUUGAUGAAAAUUAUCUGAAGAUUAAUCCUCAACAUACUAUUCCUACUUUAGUUGAUGAUGAGCUGAUUAUAAUAGACAGCCACGCUAUAGUAACGUACUUAGUGAAUAAGUACGCUCCGGGCGACGAGCUGUACCCCGCUGACCCCCAGCCGCGAGCCAUGGUGGACCAGCGGCUGCACUUCGAUUCCGGAUCGCUCUUCACUGGCUUGAGGAUGGCUGUGGGUGAUCUACUAUCCGGUAACAAAUGCAUCCGCGCCGAGAUCAUCUCUCGCAUAACCUCCAGCUACGAGUUCACUGAAAUGUUCCUCACUUCAGACUGGAUAGCCGGGGACCAUCUUACGCUGGCCGACAUCUGUUGCGUGGCUACAAUCAGUUCGCUGAAUGCGGUGUUUCCAAUUGACAAUGACCUGUAUCCGAAUCUGAAGGCAUGGAUUCUGAGGUGUUCAGAGCUGGACUUCUACAAAGCCUGCAACGAGCCGGGCCUAGCACUCUUCAAAGAAGCUAUGUUCGCUUAG